UCUAAAGUCUUAAUGAAUUUCAGACUAUGUUCGGGUUGUACUCUAUUUGAAUUGCAGUGCAGCAGGAUCCUCUUAAGGAAAGAAAAUGAGAAUAAAAUUUACAAAUAUAGGAAAUCCACUUCGUGUAGAUUAUCCUGUUUUGAUUGUUAAGGGAAUCAUCGAAAACUUUUCACAGGACGUCUGGAAACGUUUUGGUGAGAAGAGUUUUAUGCUCAUGUGUCACCAGAGAGAAACAGACUACAAACGCUGUGAAGAAAUACCACUUAAAAAACUUGAAUUCAAAUUUUUAGUUCAUCUUCUGCCUGGCUCCAAUCUCAUCUCCCUCGACUUCCUCGGGGUCAAGGAUACUCUUAAUGUACUGUUUGACCACAAGCCUGUAGAUUACAAAGUACGUUUAGUGUACGUGGUUUGCCAGGAUUCUGAUGGCGAGUUCCAAGGUCCAGAGGGGGAGGAUUGUUCUAUUGAAUCUGCUAAAGCUAGAAUUUGUUUGGGGGCUAAGCUUCUUCAAUGCAUAACGGCAGAGACUUUAUGGGAGGCAGGUGUAGGGCGGAAAACGUUCCGCUUGGAGACAAAUGCCGAGGGUGGGGUUGAAUGUCACACUCUCCGUGUUAAUCUUAGUACUACUGAGUGCUGGAAGAUGACAGGGGAGAAACUGUGGGAGAAUAUCGGCCGGGAGAUAAUGCUUUCUAAUAUCAGGGAUGAAAAGAUCAAAUAUAUCGGAUUUGUAUUUGCACGGUACAAUUUCAUGAAUACUUUUGCUGUACAGUAA